CACAGUGAAUGCAUGACUAUUUUGUUGCUUAGAUUGCUGUCUCCCAGCCUUCUAUUCCAAGAAAAACGCUCCUGCGACUUCGUUGCUGAUCUCAUUUGCCCGCGUCUGAGAAAUCCGGUGGCAGGAGGAGGUUGGUAAACACCGAACCCGCCCGAGGCAAAAAAGCCAUCACCUUUCUGCCCAACAUCCAAUUCCGUCCUCAUCCAUUUCCUGUUCCUUCUCUGUACCAUCCUGUCGGUCAUUACUAUCCAGAUUCCAGAGCCCUUGUCGAAAAGUAUCCGGUUGUGGUGGUGGAGUGUGUCAGUGCAUCGACUGCAGACAUCCGAGCGACUCGAUCUUUCAAACACAAGACAAUCUCCAAUGCAAAGAUAACGCUCGGACGGGUUAUUGCACUGACUGUUUACUGAACCCUACGCUGCCGAAGAUGCGGCUCCACGAUAUACCCUCUCCUCUAAGCGCUCUCGUCGCUGGUCUCCUCCUCACUCGGACCGUCACCGCUUCCUUCAUCCCCGACCUCCUGCGAAGCUUCGAAGACCUCCAAGAUGUUCGCAAGCGUUGCUCGAAUCCUUGCGGCUACUACGGUCAAUUGUGUUGCGCAUCCGGUGAAGUCUGCUACACGGAUGCAAACGACCAAGCUCAGUGCGGCGCAGGCGGAGCGACCACGACCACUGCAGCAGGAGCAUGGCAAUACUACACCACCACCUACGUGCAGACAGACUUGAAGACGGUGACUCAAACAUACAGCUCAUAUGUUCCGGAGUCCACGAAAAGCUGCUCAUAUUCACUGGGAGAGACGCCUUGCGGGGAUGUGUGUUGUUUGUCUGGCCAGUACUGCCAGUCUUCCGGCUCCUGCGUAGCAGUGGGUGGAGGUAGUUCUGGGUACUACAGCAGUCUGUACACGGUCACCACAGUCGUCACCAAUACCGCCAGUGCGCCACUCCGGCCGACGAGCAAUACUCUUGUGACAGUCACUGGAACUGCUACGACCACUCAGCCAUUCCUCACACCAGUGGGUACCGGUGGAAGCAUCAUCUACGGCCAGUCAACAAGCUCUGGAGGCGGAUUGAGCGGUGGAGCCAUCGCUGGUAUCGUCAUUGGUGUCAUCGUUGGUAUAAUCAUCCUGCUGCUCAUUUGCGCCUGUUGGUGCGCCAAAGGAUUGAUUGAUGGUCUGCUCGGCAUCUUCGGUCUCGGGCCCCGGCGAAGACGAACUACGGAAGAAGUUUAUGUCGAGAGGCACUCACACCGGUCAGAUCGAGAUCGACGAGGUAGAAGAACAUGGUUUGGUCAAAGACCUGCAAGAACCGAGGUCGUCGACGAGAAGAGAAGGAGCGGCAUCGGAACAGCCGGCUGGGUCGCUGCAGGCCUAGGCACUCUCGCCCUCUGGCUUGGUCUGAAGAGACGGAACCGGAGAGACGACAAGAGCGACGUAAGCUACGACAGCGCUUACUACACUGACUAUAUGUAUUCGAGCGCAGAAAGCUCCUCAGAUGGACGAACGCGGCGGACUGGUCGAUCUGCCUCUCGAUCCAGGUCCAGACGGUGACGUUGAAGCGAUGUUGUUGCAUUUUUCUGAUGACAUUAGCGAGCAUGCAUUUCAAGGACUGGGUCAUUGAUGAUUGGACAUAUUUGCGAGAGGAGACCUCUCGAGCCAUUGAUGUGUAUACCUAGCAUGGGGACAUGUUGAAGAGCUGUUCAUUCAGGAGCAGGAAAUGAAUCUGGUUGGACCACCAAUCAUUGGAUGUACAGUUAAGGGGAAAUGAAGAUACAUAGCUGGUAUUCUUGAUUUGCUUUGAAGAGUUGGUGGGUGGACGUGCACAGGCGCACUGAUGCUCGGAUAUCCAGGCUUGAUCAAUAGGGCUUACGAGCUGAUAAUAAUAAAAAUGCCCACUGGUUCA